AUGCAUACCUCCGAGCUGGAGUUCACCAAACUCUGCUCCUUCCUCUGUACUAAUUCUCGCCGACAAAUUGCUCUGCACCUCCGCCACUUACUACAGGAAACCUCUGAGAAAGAUGUGUCUAGGCUGCUUUUCACAGCUAUUAGACUUGGGAAGGUGCAAUCUUCGGUCUCUCAUGUCCUUCUGUCUGUCACCAAAUCUCCAAUAACCCUGAUCGAAGCUAUCAUCCAAACGCAUUCCGUUCAUCUUCGACAAGUUGGCAUCAAGUAUCUGGGAAAGGCCCUCCGAAAAAAACAGUGGCGAGACUUAUGGCAUGCUGUCGGAGGUACUGAAGGAUUUCUUUCACUAUUCGCAACACUGUCGACACAAGAAGUUGGGCUUCUUUCGCGUCUCUUGAAAAAGUCUCGCAAUGGUCACACUGAGAAAGAGAAGGCAAUUCUGAUGACCGAGCUGCUGUCCAGCCUGUUCAGUUCCAACUUUCCUGAUGCCCCUUUCAAGAACCCAGAUGAACGGUUGCUCCAGAAUCGGUACGCAGUCAUUGCUCCAGCCAGCAGUCAGAGCUUUGUCAGCGCUCUCCUUUCCGAUGAGGCACACCCAUUGAGACAAUACCUUUCGACUACCGACAUCUCACUUCAAUGCGACCAUGACCUGCUGCAGUCACUCACCCUUACCGCAAUCUUCGAGAAGAAGAGCACUAGUUUCAACAUAAGCUUGGUGCUACGUAGGCUAUGCCAACAUGCGCCCCCUGGACAAAGCAGUCUGCCCGGGCUUUCAGCCACUAUGCUCUUCUCCUUGAACCUGCUGCGUGAGAUUGGCAAUGGGAGAGAGGCCAAUAUCUCUACACAAAGUCUUCUGACUGACGUUGUCGAACCCUUGUUGAGACGAAUUCAGAAAAGGCGUCGAGCGUUAGUUCAUUUGGAAGAAGUUCUGCAUCUUGCAAUCCGGGUACUGCAAUUGCGAUCCGCGCCUGGGGGACCACUCCAUUCACUCGGUCACCACAAAGGUGACUUUUCUAUAACGUCUUACAAUGUCUUUGAGCUUGAUGCAAAUCAAGUCCUGAAAUUGUACCAAGGAACUCACGAAGAGGUGCAGCCAAGCCAACGCUGGCCACUUCUUCACCUGCUAUUUCUCCACAACCCUAAACUUCACGCCGACAUCGAUACCAUUGAAGGCCUGCAAAGGCUCAAAGAUGUGAGAUGGAUGUUCAAUCUAUUUCUAGAUCUCCCAAAGGAUCAAGCGUUGCCUCUGCUGCGAAAUUUGAUUGCCGUUAUGCCUGACACGAACUUCUUAGCUGCAUAUCGUGCGCGUGGCUUUACUAUAUUUGCACACCCCCCAACCAUACAAGCUUCUGGGGGAGACCCUGACCUACUCCUGACGUUUCUCGAGAGGGAAGAAAGCGGUGCCUUGCAACGUGUAGAGAAGGCCAUCACAGAGAAAAAACGAAAGUCAGCAACUAGUCGCGAACACGCGGAUCGAGCUUUCUUUGCCAAAUCCGCGCUACACUAUGCCAUCGCUAGCGGGUCAUUAGCUAUCUAUGGAGAGACUGUCGCUUGGGCGCGUCGUUUCAUCCGCGACCCUCUCACAUGCAAGACGUUGUACACGAGAUCCACAACCAAUACCGUUGAAGGCAUUGCCCUACUGGCUGGCAUACCUUCAGACGUGUCACAAUGUUGCGACGCUAUUGAUAUUGGUCGCAGGGUAAUCUCUGCUAAUACUAUCGUUUCAAAUUUCUCCCAGACAUGGUUUGAAGCUUCGAAGGAGCCACACUUUCAGAGCCGUGAUUGGCAGGGGCCUGUGGAGCUUCUCGAGGAAGUGAUCAGCGCACGGCGGGAUAAAGCUGCAGACUUACGGCGUGCUCUAAAGUUAUCGGAUGAUGAGGUGCUUGACACGUUAUGGCUUGAGAUGUUGAAAAUGCUUUUUGAGAUGAAAGGGAAAGAGUCGGAGCUGGAGGGUCUUCUCAUGCAUAUCCAAUUACCUCCGCACUAUCUUGCUCGUCUUGCCACAGAGGCUCUUGACAAGUUGUCGUCCUUGUCAGCUAACGACGAAAGGACUGCCUCAAUGGAGCGCAAGACUUACAAUCUUUUGCGCCUACUUGGCUCAAGUGACUGUCCACAACUCGCAUCCGACCUGGUCUUGCGGGCGGUCUUAGACCGUCCGGAAGCAAGCUCGUGGCACCGAAUGCUUUUAAGCAAAAGCUUGAUUAUGCGUCUUUCAGCUACCAACGCGCAAGCAUUACUCAGAUCAUUCGCCACUUCGAUCAAACUGAAGCUAGAUGCUCAGGCGCAACGGCGGGCUUCUCAAUCAAGUACGACCAAAGAUUCAAAACCAAUCAUCAAGGUUACGACUGUCAAAUAUCUCGCUCAAAUUCUUGGUGAUUCAGAGCUGGUCGCUCCAACAUUUGCUGUGGACGUGCUUUCUGCUCUACUUGGCAGUGAAGCUCAUUUAGAUGUCCGUAUCGCUGUCGUCGAAAGCUUGCUGGCUAUGCUCACGCGAUGCACCUCUGAAUCAUCAAAGCCACUUGCGUCAAGGUUGCUAUCGGCAUUGGAGGAGACAAUUCCAAUUGCGGGCAGCCUGCACGAGCGACGACUGCUAAGUGAUGCAGAUUGGAUUGAAGCUGAUAGGACAGGAAACCCGCCAGAGAUAUAUGAUGAUGGUGGCAUUGAUACUAUGCCGCCUCUCUUAAAUCUACUCGUGCAGUGGAAUCCAAGUUCUAGGUGGAGACCUCAAAUCGUUCAGCGGAUACUGCUUCCCAUCGUGAAAGUCUCAACGGCUACCAACAAUCGUUGGGUGAGGAUAUUUCUUGCUCGACAUGCAUUCGUAUUGGAUGAGUACCCUCCAACCCCUGUGAAGCCCAUUCUGCUGGCUAUGCUGCUCUCAAAGGACCCCGGCUUGAUGCCUGCUUCAAUCCUUGAGCAUUGGCACCAAGUGGUUCUGAUCAAUCUCAAUCCCUCCGAGGAGAUAACGAAUAUCACGCGACGGGUCAAAGCAGAUGUGGUGCUGCACAAAUCAAACGAAGGUCGCCAUUGGUUGUCGCUUUUCGGCAUGGGAACUAGUGCUUACCAGUUGGGACGCUUUAACCUUUCUCGUCAAUUGCUGAGCUGGGCCAAAUCCGAAGUUGAGGAUGGUAUUAACCUUCUCCAGAUACAGCAUAUUCUCCUUGACCAGGCAAAGGCGUUGCUGUUCCUCUCGGAUGAUACGUUUGAGUACUGGAACAGGUUCAUGGAAGAUUUUGAACCUCGCAAUGGAUCAUAUAUAGCCAACGAAGAUAUGGUUGCUUGGGCAAGGAACACCAGACCGGUUAUCGAGAAUGUCAUUUCUUUCGUUCAAUCACUCCGUACACCGUCCUGGCAGCAGAACCCGGAUCGGCAGCCUUCAGUCUUGCCUCCAAUAUUUCAUCUUCGACUUUGGCUUCUCCCAUACCCGAAUAUGACUUAUACCUUGACAUCAACCACAGGCCCAGCCUCUGCCCAAGCUUGUAGAAUGUUCGCGGAAGAGCUUGCAAGCUGCGGUUAUUCUCGAUUUGCAGCUGUUGGCAAUAACGAUACCUCAGCUUGGCAUUAUGCUGAAACUUUUCAGCACCUCUCAAAUGCAGCUUCCAGGGGUUGUUCCUCGGACUUGGCUACAUUACUAGUGGCAUACUAUCUUGGGUACCUCAACCCCGAUCUCAAAAUAGGAAGCACUUCUUCUGUUAUGGAAAGUCUACGUUUGGAGUCGGGUGACUUAUUGAGACUUGAUCUCGCAGAAAAGUUGUUAUUGGAUAUCGACACGAGAGCUCUGGUGAAAGAAAGCAGAGAGGUACAGCAGGUAUUGGAGUUGGUGUCAAAGUGGAAAAGGAGCACGAACGAGGAAAUUAGGAUGAAGGGAAUCAGAAUCGCUAAGCGUUUCUGA